UCGUAGUGAUUGGAAUACCGCUACAGUUGUGUCUCGCCCUCGCUGCAACACUUAGCGUAGUAUUGCCAACGCAGUAUUCUCGUUCAAAAUUGUAGACAGCGCAGAAACUGACAUAAGGACUUAGGCAUGCCAGAGUUGGACUAGCUCUCCGGGAAGCAAACCAAUACGAAGCCUCCGUGGCCUAUUUCAAGAAAGCUGUCGAGGCAGAUGGCGAUGACGGCCUUUUCCGCGCUGGCCUUGCGCGCACAUAUGCUGAGCAGCAGGAAUGGAGCAUAGCAGCCACAGAGAUGGCCCAUGCGAUCGACGUCCUGAUAGAGAACGAACAGAACCAACGGCCAUGGCUGGAUCUUGAUGUCCCUCGCGCGGUCUACCUGCUCGAGGACCAGCAAAAUCUCGCUUCGUACUACAUGCAAUGUAACAAUUGGCAAGCAGCUGCGGACACCUGCGAGAGAAUGAUCGCUCACUGGGAGGCCGUCUCGAGUAUUAUCAUACCAGUGUACUGGACUGAUAUGGUCAGCGCGGUACUGUACUACCUCGGAUUGCUAUGUGAGAAGAAGGCCUGGCCCCGCGCGAUUGGCCUACUUGAGCGAACCAGCAAUCAUCCAAAACGGUUCGAGGAGUCGUUCCUAAGCUGUUAUCAAUACAUGCUACAAAACCCGGAAACACUUCAGCGACUGGCUUAUGAAACUGGAAACCUGGCUCUUGUCGAUCGUCUGCCCAGUAACGCUUUCGUGACUGCUGGCCGUUAUGGCUCGGAUGGGCAGACGUCCUUGGUCCGGUACGAGUGGGCUAUCCUAUUUCUACGGCUUGAUUCGAGCCGUGUUCAUGAGGCGAUCGCGCUUUUGGAGGCGGUUCUGGAAGAUGAAGAAGUGCUUGACGCUACCAAUGGCUUCUACUGGCUUAAGGAUCAAGCUGAGAGAGAAUUAGCUAGAGCCUUUUUCGACAAGACACUGCAUGCUCGCGAAAACGACAAGUGGCAGGACGUGGCAGUGUAUGCGGAUAAGCUUGUGAGACUUGUCACAUCCGACAUCGAUGCCAACGGCAAGAUACUGUUCGGUACAAGGGAGUGUUCGAAGACCCUUGCCGCAUGGGAUAGAAUCAAUGGACGUCCUAGGCGGGCCCGCCAGUGUGUCCGCACUGCAGUGACUCUUGGCAUAGAUAUGCUCUCGGAUACCGACCCCGAUAACGACUUCACCGCAUGGAACUAUCUUUGUGAUGCACUGCUUGCAGUUGGCGAUACUAAGGGAGCCAUAGCCACCGUUAACAUGCUCCGGCAAGGCCUACUCCCUGAGCCUGUGGCAGAAGGGAGCGAGCCGAACGACAAGGAGGGCACACAAGGCGAAAAAGCGUCAAAGAUAGACCACGAAUCUAUCACUGACGAGACUGAUAUUCCCGCCAGAGCGGACCCAGGGAAGAAUGAAGGUGCCAAUGGAAGCGCGCCCAAUGGCGAGCAGAACGUGUCAUUUCCCGAUACCAACUCCGCCUCUACAAAGCGAGUGCACUUUUCAAGCGAUGCACAGCCAGCUAAAGAGGCGAGCGAGGAAAGCAUCGGCGACAAUGAAGCAAUCCCCACAGAUGAGAAUGAGAAAGCCGCAACGGCUUGCACCACUGAGCCCACCGCCUCUGGAACGGUCCAUUUGCGGCAGUAACCAUGACCACAUCGCAGUUCCGGGCAUCAAGGAAAAGUACCCUGGCGGUGUGAUCAACGUUGAUGGCCAAUUCGUAGACGUUCAGGAUUGGGUAAAUGCGCUGAAGGAAGAAUGGGGCUACGGUCAGUAGCAAGUUUAUUGAGCGGCUGCCGCUCUAUCGCCGAUGGGGAAUGGCACCUAAGAACCUCAAGCUUC